ACCCAUUCCACCUCGAUCAAAAUAUUCUGGAUGGCGUUUGUGUUCUCUUUCCAUUUCUUUUCUCCCGCUCCGAUUGGGAAUUAAGAUCUCCAUGGACGCAGAAGAAGCAAAGGCUAAGCUCUUAGCUGUGCAGAAGGAACUUGGUCAUGAAAUUCGCGUUUUCACUAACACAACAGCCUCUGAAAAACCGGACGAUGUUUCUGCUUCGGCUACAGAGGAGCCAGAUGACUUUUAUGAUUUUACACCUGAGGAUUAUUAUCAAAUCAUGUCUGAAAAAAUUGGAGCACAAUCACAAGUUCUCAAGACCCGUAAAAUACGGGAGGCGGAAGCAGCAGUCCGUAGAGCAAGAAUAACCAAGGCUGUUAUCAGGGUUCGCUUCCCUGAUAACUAUGUUCUAGAGGUAAAGUUUCAACCAGCAGAGAAAAUUCAAAGUCUGAUGGAUCUUUUAACAAAAGUAGUUGCUCGACCGGAUCUUCCAUUUUAUAUAUAUACCACUCCUCCAAAGGAGCGAAUCAAAGACACAUCAAAGGACUUCUACUCGGCUGGUUUUGCUCCUGGGGCUAUCGUUUACUUUUCUUAUGAUUGGCCAAAAGAUUCAGAGUAUGAUAAUGCAGUUGCAAAGGAGGGGCCAUAUCUUCGUGAUGAUAUUCUAUCCUUGAAUGGAUUGGAUUUGAGUGCCGAACAAGUGGACGAUCCUGUUCAUCCUGAACAAGAGCCAAAACCAAAACCACCGGAGGUUGCAUCUCCUCUUCCUGAUCCUAAGCCAGCUGCAAAGAAGCCAACCAAGCCUAAAUGGCUUAAACUGUGAAAUGUCUCUAUAGGUACUGGCGGCAUGAAAACUCCAGGGCGCUUUGUCAUGGAUUCCCAUCUAAGCCUAGCACUUUGGUUCUUUACCGUCAACAAUCAGAGGUGGGGAGUAACUUGUAAAGAUGAUCUUGCACUUUGAUAAAUCAGUAUCUUGUACAUUGUUCAAAUAUAACUACUAACUGUUUCUGGUGAAAA